AUGCGUCUAAUAUCCCAAUUCUUCGUGUUCACUUUCUGUUUAAAAUAUGCCGUGUCUUCUAUAUUGGAUGCUGUACACACCUGUCCUGCAAAUUUACCCCAUAUAUCCUACCCUCCUUCUACUCUUGCAGUGCCUGCAUAUAAGGACUAUAUGUAG